AUGGGAUUAUUACUAGUGACAAUUGCAAUAUUAGUUGCAAGCUCGCAACUAAAUAUUAUUACCGGGGAACCCCAAGUACCUUGUUUCUUCAUAUUUGGAGAUUCAUUGUCAGAUAGUGGUAAUAACAAUAACCUUGUAACAUUGGCCAACGCCAAUUUUCUACCCUAUGGGAUUGACUUUCCUGAUGGUCCUACGGGGAGAUUUACCAACGGCCGGACCACCGUUGAUAUUAUUGGUGAUCAUCUAGGUUUAAAUGGCUACAUAAAAGCCUUCCCAAUUGUAAAAGAGGAAGAAAUAGUUGGAGGCGUAAAUUAUGCAUCUGGUUCUGCUGGUAUUCGCGCUGAAACUGGCUUCCAAGUGGGAGAUCGGAUUAGUAUGGAUGAGCAGAUGAACAACCACAAAGAAAUAGUGUCAAGAAUCUCAACAAGUCUAGGCCAAAACAAGUCUGCAGCUCAUCUGAACAAAUGUCUCUACUCUGUUAAUGUUGGGAGCAACGAUUGGAUGUUUAACUAUUUCUUGAAAGCACCUCAAAUGUCCAAUCCCCAAGCUUAUGCUAAUACACUCAUUACUCAAUUAUCCAACCAGUUAAGCAGUCUUUAUGAUCUAGGAGCAAGAAAGGUGAUAUUAUUUGGACUUGGACCACUUGGAUGUCUUCCCCUUACAAACAUACAAGGGAUAUGUUCGAGUGUUGUUAAUGAUAUCAUGGAUAUGUAUAACACCAAGCUAAAAUUACUAGCUGAUACUUUCAACACUAACCAUUCUGAUGCCAAAUUUAUUUGGAUUAACACUUUGGAUAUUGUUUCCCCGAAUAAUCUUCAAGGCCUUGGGUUGAAGAUAACAAAUGUACCUUGUUGUGGAAUAUUUCAAAACAUGAUGUGUGAUCCACUAAGUAUUCCAUGUAUUGAUAGAGGGGAUUAUGCAUAUUGGGACCAAGCACAUCCCACUGAGGCUGCUAACAGGGUUUUAGCAGGAAGAGCCUACAAAGCACAAAACUCGACUGAUGCUCAUCCUAUGGACAUAAGCAGCCUGGCUCAGCUCGAUCUGAAUUCAUCUACACCACCACCACUCUAG